AGUGUGGCCUUUUUCUUAAAACUGGCCGGGGGUCCUCACUAGGCUCCCCGGGGGCAGGGCGCGGUAGGGGAAGGUACCCUCUCUGUGGGGCAUUUGCUCUGCUGGGAGAGGCUAGUUGUCCUCCUGAGACCUCCAAUUCACGGGCUGCAGGCGGCAGCUCCUGUAGGAGGGGCUUUGUGGGGAAACCUUCUCUUUGCAACUUUUGCUCAGGGCUGGGCAGGGCUGGCUGUCAGGCUCUGCCCAGGCGGGUCCCCAUCACUUUGCUGGCUUUCUCUUGGUGCCCCUGGGGCCAGGGGCCAGGGUUGGACCCCACAAUCUCCUGGUCUACAGGAAGUGCUGUUUAGGAAAGGGUGGAGCCUGCCCCCUUUACUGGGGGGCUUAGUGCUGAGCUUGGUGGCUGGACAAGGUCCCACCCCUCAGCCCCCUUGGGAUCAGUAUCUGGUGGGGUGGCGGGGGGCGGGGCACCACCUCCUUCUAUUCUUUGCCUAAUUCUGGGAAAGGCUGGUUGACUGGGCCCAGCCCCCCACGCCCCUUGGUGGAGGACUCAGGUGGGGAGGGACAUCGGCCCAGCUGCUCGUGUGAGGAAGCGGCUCUCCUUAACUGUUAGAGGAGUGGUUACAGUUAAAAGAGAUCAAUCUGCAGCGCCUCCCUCCUCCCAGUCGGCUGUCUACCUAGAACAACAUUUUCUUGGAGCUUUUUGUCUUUGCGCUCCUUGGUGGUCCUAGGUUGGAGGGCCAGGGUGUUUAGGAUGCAAAAGUAAACAGCAUCCUUCCUCUUCCCUGGAAUUCUGAGGUCCCUAGCCGCUACACCUUCUAAUCUCCACAUUUCAGAGCCUUCUGUGGGUUGCUUUCUGUUUUAUGACCAGGAAAUUUUGUUCUUUGUUUUUUUUUUUUUUGAGACGGAGUCUCGCCCUGUCCCCCAGGCUGGAGUGCAGGGGCGCGAUCACUGCAAGCUCCGCCUCCCGGGUUCCCGCCAUUCUCCUGCCUCAGCCUCCCCGGUAGCUGGGACUACAGGCGCCCGCCGCCACGCCCGGCUAUUUUUUUGUAUAUUUUAGUAGAGACGGGGUUUCACCGUGUUAGCCAGGAUGGUCUCUAUCUCCUGACCUCGUGAUCCGCCCACCUCGGCCCCCCAAAGUGCUGGGAUUACAGGCGUGAGCUACCGCGCCCGGCCGGAAUUUUUUUCUUAUUAGUGGGAGAGGAGGAGGAGAGUGAGCUUUUAUUUUCUUCACCUUAACUGGAAGCCUGGUUGAGAUGAGAAGCUUCUUACCUUAACAAUACCCAGUUGACAGGAGAAAAGAAGGCAGCUCAACCUGGCUAAGCAACGCGCUCAAAGUCCCUGUGGUGAUGAUGGGCUGGGAUUCCAUGCCACCUCUAUCCAGUGUGAAAACCCAGUCCUUUAAAAUGCAUUGUGCUUUUUUACUGCUUAAUGUUUACGGGAGUGUGUUUUGCCUACAUCUAGAAUCAAAUUAAAAUCAAAUUAGAAGGGAUGCUUACAAUUUUGGGAGGAUUAAUGUUUUGAAGAUAACAUAUCUGUUUUACCUCUAAGUUUUAUGGGGAAAGGCAACAUUCAUCUCAUAAGUUUGCAGGGUUUUUAUUCAGAAAAACACCUUUGUAUAUCUUGAUUGAAAAAGAUAUAAAGUUUUGGGCACAGUCUAGGUUGAGUAAGUCACUGUGAUGAGCUGAACUUUACUCCCCUCCCCCAAUUUAUGUAUUGAAGCCCUAAUUCCCCAGUACUUUAGAGUGUGAAUAUAUUUGGAGACAAGGUCUUUAAAGAGAUAAUUAAGGUAAAAUGAGGUUGUUAGGGUGGACCCUCAUCCAAUACGACUGGUAUCCUUGUUAAGAGGAGAUGAGGACACAGACAUGUACAGAGGAAAGACCAUGUGAAAACGCAGGGAGAAGACAUCAUCUGCAAGCCAGGAUGAGGGGUCUCAGAAGAAAUCAACCCUGCCAACACCUGAGCUCACACUUCCAGCCUCCAGAACUGUGAGACAAUAAAUUUCUGUUGUUUUACUCAGUCUGUGGUCAUUUUUAAAUGGCAGCCCUAGCAAACUAAUACAGACAUCUUUUUAAAUAAGUAGGGAGAACACCCAGGGAAUGGGACGGUACUGUCAAGAGGACAUGGAGAAGAAAACUCUUGAACCAAGGAGGACUUAGAAACACGGAGGAGGACCUGGAUGUGCCCCCAUUUAUGAUGGCACUAGAGCCAGUGGCUUCUCUCUUGCUUGCUCUAGCUGUCUUUUCUUAAGCUCUGGGAAAGUGGUAUUUAGCUCUCAAUUUCCAGGGCUCUCAUUCUAUAUUUUGCCCCAGGGUUGUCGCUAAAUCCAGUUUGGUCAGCAUUAGGUAAGUAGCUCUUUGGGUGACUGAGUGGGGUGGAGUGAUGUCCAAUAAACAUCAAGGCAUAAUGGGCAGAGCCACAGGAACCAGGACAUGGCAUGGAGCGAGCCGUGGCUGGUCCAGAGCAGGUGCAGGUGGUGUGGUGGGGAGGUGUGUAUGUGCAGUGCUCAGCUUGCCACUACGAAAGCUCUUCACUUGAGCUACCAUGUGCAGACAUUGAAGAAAGGAGAGCUGAAAGACAUAGGGAGCAUCCGGCUUAUACCUAUGAACUUAUAAUUCCAUACAAUUUUUAUUUUACUUUUAAACCAACACCCCUCCCCUUUCUAAGAACCACUCUUGGUUAUCAAUGUGCUGGUUGUUAAUAUGAACCUUCUUCCAAUAACUGCAUGUAAUUAAAAAUAAUGAUCCAUUUCUUCAUGGAUACUCUGUGUUAAAAUGUUAACAAAUUUCCCAUCAAAAUUUCUCCCCCUCCUACUUUUGCCUGAAAGAGAGAAAUUUCACAUAUUUUGGAACCUACGAAGGCUUUUCUUUUUUGGUAUCUGGAGUUUAGUCUUCCGUUGGCAAAAUCAUCUUAGUUAUUCUAGGACUAUCGCAUCUUCAAUUUUAGCCAUGGAACUCAGCUUAGACGGUGCUUCCCAGAUUGUGGUGGUCCUAUCACUAGUGUCUGUAAAGUCAUUUUAUAUGGGAAAAUAAAAACUAAAAUUUUGGUGAUGACUCACUUAUUUUAAAUGUUUUAAAAUUAUUUUCAAUACAUCAAAAUUAUUAUUUCAUGAAUUGUAGUUUAGCUAAGUUUAAGAAUCAAUGAAUUGAAUAAAAAAUUAAAUAAAAACAGUACAGGUGUAAAGAGCAAAUACAAUUUUAAAAUAAGAGACUGACUUCUCCCUGUUGAAAAUAAGAAAAAUAAAGAAAGAGAUACCUCCUUCCUUUUCUUAGAGCACUUUAGAGAUUUCCUAAUUGUAAUUGUUUUUCUCUGUCUCUUUGAAAUGUAUGUAAAUCUCUUUAAAAGCUAAAGAAGUCUUUUCCAGCUUUAUGACCAGGAAUGUCUUUUCUGAUGAACCUGGGACUCAUCCUUUUGGAAUAUCGUUUACAAGGAAGAUGGCUGCCCUCUCUCCCAGCUUCUGUGAAAAGCCUCCUCAGUUUAAAUUAGACCCCCGCCUAGCUCGACUCCUGGGCAUCCAUACCCAGACUCGUCCAGUGAUCAUCCAAGCACUGUGGCAAUAUAUUAAGACACAUAAGCUCCAGGACCCUCACGAGCGGGAGUUUGUCAUCUGUGACAAGUACCUGCAGCAGGCAACCCCUCUUUCUGACCGAUCCACGUGCCUCUGGGGACCUGACCCCUCAAUCUGGCACCAGCAUGAGUUUGAUUUGUACCAAGGAAAAUGUUCCUUUCUCCCGAGGGACAGCCGAGAAAGAAGGAAACAGUUCUGUGAAUAUUGCCAUAACUCUAUGGAGCUCCUGGAACUUCUGCCACCUUCUGGCUACCAACCUGUAGAGGAAACCAUCAGGAACUUCAACAGAGAAACUGAGAACCUCAGCCUCUGUUGUCGUGGUUCAGCCACUGAGUCAAUGCACUCGGGGACCCACUUGAUAACUCAAUCAACUUGGAUAUUUCUCACCAUUGACUUAAGAAAGCAGAGCAGACACUGUGCUGGGGACUUUGAGCAAUGCAGAGGAGUGGAGAAUGCCCCCCAAGAACUUAGAAGAGAUGGACAUUUGCAUUAUUCUCUGUAAUGACUGCACAGUGUGGUGAGUAUUGUACUUUGCUAUUGGGUAUCAAUCACAAUUGCAAUUGGAUAACCAUAA